AUGUACAGACAUUUCCCUGGAGGGUCUGUAAAGCUCAUUUCUGACGAGACAUCGCAGACGCACAAGUCCAUCAAUGCCUGGAUCACCGAGUUGCACAUUGGCUUCUACAGAGUCAUUUCUGACUGGUCAGCUCCGACUGAUGAUGAUGAUUCCGAUGACGAGCAAGAUCCACGCAGUCAGUCUAUAUUCUCGGGAAAGCCAUUUCGACUGCCGGGCGACGAGACAAAUUGUAUCGAGAAAUGCGCAAUUUCUUUCCGAUUUGAUGGUGACCUUUAUGACCGAUACUGGACCUGCUAUGCCGCAGUAUAUCUUCCAGAAUGUGACACUGAAGAUCGAUGGUUUGCCGAUGUGAACUCGUUCAAUCUAAUGAGGCCUACCGGAGAAGGGAAUAGAGACACUGAACACAGCCAGCGAAAGAUCUUGGAAGCAAGGUGGUUUGAGGGAGCGACCAGGAUUGUAUGUGAGGAGACACAAAAUAUUUUGAGGGUCGUUUCCGGUAUCCUUGGUGAAGAUCGCAAUGGACGGUACACUGCCACUGCCUAUGACACCUUUCGAGAGACCUUCGAGACGAACAAGACAACCUACUUCCGAUAUGGCGAAACGGUCAAAUUUCUCCGUCACGUUCUUGAGAACCUAGAAGCGGUGCGAAAUGUUGCCGACAAGUGGGAAAACCGAGCAAAUGCACGCGAAGUUCAGCCUCGUUGGACGCGUGAUGAUGAAGCUGCGUAUGCCCUCGAGAUCUCUAUUUGGCGUCGCCGAGCCAAAGCGAAUGUUCAAAACAUGGCUGUUCUGAAGAAUCAGGUCGAGGCGAAACUGAAUCAUAUCAAACAACUCCGAGAGUGGCUCAUUGACGACUUGCAACUCAAGGAAGCACGAGUGUCGAAUCGAUCUGCGGACGAUGUGCGCAUCUUCACCUACGCCACCGUCGUCUUCUUACCUCUCAGUUUCGCGUCAAGCAUUUUCAGUAUGGGCGGAGCCCCUUCACACAGUACCGCCGUUUCGUUUGUGACUGCUGCGAUUAUUGCACUGAUUGCCACCCUUGCGUUUGUCCUCAACGCUGGAACCUUUAUGAGGGAGAUUGCAAAAUGGAAAAUGUGGAUUUUUGAUCUACCAGAUGAGGCUGGUUUUACCGAGCACUCGGAAAGCCAAUGGCGAAAAGUUGGACAGAAGUGUAAACACUGGUUUGUGCGUUAUCCCUCCGGCCGUGUCCUCGUCGCCUGGAGAGUGGUGGGAAUGAAGGAUCGCAGAAAUAUCGCGGGCAAGCUUCUCCUUGGCAUACUUCUUCUCCCUCUGUUCGCCUUCACAUGGAUCUUCGGCUUUGUGGCGCUGAACCUCUACGACCUGAUCAAACUCAUGUUCCUCGACCUGCCUCAAUAUCCACGCAACCGCAAAAAGCAUCAGGAUCAACUCAAAACUGCGAAAUCCGACGAGCAACUGUCAGCUACUCAGAAAGCCACCAAGGGCAAGGAGGAAGGAGGCAAGUUUUUGGUCGACGCCUCCAACAAGAAAGAAGCACAGAGACGUGCAGCGGAGAAGGCCAGGGAGAAAUGGCGACACGAAAGACUCAAGAAUUUUAUGCACAAGCCACGCUUGAAGGACAUCUCGAAGCAUUUGACUGAGGGCAUGACGGUUCAAGAGGUCAGGGACGCCCACAGGCAAGAUGUCCAGAAAAGGGCGAUGGAGCUCGAAGAGCGCAGGCAAAAAUACCGUCACGCGAUAGAGAAUGUCUCUAACUUCAGCGACACCGAAGAUGAAGACGAAAAGGCAACUCAAUCGCACAGGCGGAAUAAGCGUCUGGCCCCAAUCUUCUGGAGAAGACGGCAAGAACUUGACGUCGAGGCCGUGGGACAUGGAGAUUGA